CUCGAAUUUCACACUGCUAUCUUGACGAUCGUAGCACUGAUUAUGUUUCCCCGAAGCUCUUUACUCUUCGUCUUGUCUUUGCUUUUCAGUCUUCUUCCUUCGACAUGUCUAGCGAAGGACAGCGAUGGCUUCAGCAGUGACAGCCCUACGGCAUCAUUGAGCGCAGCAAGCGAGUCAAGCUCGACGAGCUCGGCAGCUGUGCAGACACACACUAUCUCAGUCGGUCUAGCGGAUCACAGGUUUAGGCCCGAGUCGACCACUGCCAGUGUUGGUGAUACAAUAGAGUUUGCCUUCUAUCCGCUAAAUCACAGCGUGGUCCGCGCAGAAUACGGCUACCCAUGCAUCCCAUACGAAAUGACAGGGCAGGGUAAAGCUGGUUUCUCCAGCGGUUUCAAGCCCGUCGACUCUGUCCUUACCUCUCCACCAACCUACAGCAUCGAAAUCGAAAACACUGAUCCCAUUUUUUUCUACUGCUCAACGCCAGGGUCUUGCAUAGGCUAUGGUAUGGUGGGUGUCAUCAACCCGAAUACAACAACGAGUAUCGAUCAACAACAUAAAAUGGCGCUUGACAGCAAUUAUAUGCUUAAUCCUGGAGAGCCAUUCCCCCCAGAGAGUACUUCCAAUACUCCAACGACACCCAGUGCUAGCCCCAUGAACAACGACACCAAAAUUGAUCUUUCAGCGGGCGCUAUUGCAGGUAUCUCCAUCACAGGCGUCGUUGUUGUCGCCAUUGUGGCCCUACUGUACUUCUUUUGGUGCCGCACAAAGAGCCUGAAAGAUGAAGUCGGCCGAAAAGCAGAAGUAGCUGGAACUCCUCGUCUGGAUCCAAAUAACAGGAACCCACCAACCGUGGUGGAAAGAGGUGCCAACCAUUCUACUGCCAUGGCCGGUAAUGGAGGAGACUUUUAUCAUCGAUACCCGCAAAGAUCUUUGUUAUCAUCACCCACCGUAGACGCCGCUUAUCCCCAAUACAACUACAACCAAGGAUACAGAACGGCAGCACCAUCCUACUACAUGCUGCAGCCUCCUACUUCCCGUUCGCCACCACCGCUAUCACCACAGCAACAUCAUCCACAUCACUACAAAUACGACGUCAACACUUCCGUCGGCCACCGUACACACACAUUACCUCCCAUUCCACAGCAAUCCCCACUCAACAUCCAUUACGCACUCGCCCACCGCUCCAUGGGCCGACCAUACGAACUCUCACCAACAGGAGAUUACACGCGCAGUCCUCCAAACGACCAUUCUCACGACAUCCACGAUCACGACCACAAUCCAAAUCCUAACUCCAACGUUGCCAGCGACCCUGACAUUAUAUCUCCAGCUCCUUCCCUCUCCCAUCGCUACGCAUCACCACCACCACCACCCCGCGUCCUGGAAGAGACGAUACCAAGUUACUACGAAACGAUGUACAGACGGGAUCCCAAGCAUAUUAAUGGCAUGGGGAUUGGUCCCAUAGAGAUGGAUGGGAAGGCUUUCAUGGGGAACACUACGCCUGGAAGGACAGGGGCGGCGAGGUCGGAGGAGGUUGAGGAGAAGGUUGUAGGUGGGGGAGUGGCUUAGAGGAUGUAGGUGGUUGGCAUUCUUAUGCUGGUGGUUGUACUUCCGUCUUCUUUUUCUUCGGUCUUGUGUUUGUUCGUAUUUGAAUACAGCCUCUUCUUUUACACAGUGGUGCUUCGACUGAGGGUUCACUGAGGGUAGUAUGGUUGGAUCGUCGUUUCGACUUGCGUAUCCAAGAACGACU